GUUCCGUGAUGGCUGCUGUGUGCAGGCUUUCAAGUCGAUUUUUAGUUUUAUCGAAAAAUUCGGUUCAUAUCAGAAAUUUUAGUAAUUAUAGAAAUCUAAACAGUGCAAGACAAAACAAUGUGAAAUUAUUUAGUAUAAUUGGUGGCGGCGUUGCCGCAUUUGUGUGUGCAAAUUUAUUGAAAACAAAUACAGUGCAUGCUUCGUCAAUGAGCAAAAUCGAACGAAUGCGAAAGCGUGAAGAUGACAAAACCAUAAAAUUAACACCACGCGAACGAAGAUUUAUCAAAUUUGCUUCAGCUGAAUAUAAUGGACAGCUUUAUAUGACACCGCAGGAUUUUUUGGACUCAGUUGUGGAACAAGAACCCAGACCACGCCUUAAGCGUCGAUCAAUAAUGACUAAUGACUUAAAUCGUAUUAAAGACACAACACCAGCAUUGAAGAAAGGUUCAGCUCGUAUGUUUAGAACUCUCAGAGAUAAUGGCAUUAUUUCAUACACCGAAUAUUUAUUUCUUUUAUCUGUGCUAACAAAACCAAUUUCCGGAUUUCGCAUAGCUUUUAAUAUGUUUGAUACUGAUGGAAAUCAAAGAGUCGAUAAAAAGGAAUUUUUAGUGUUAAAACAUAUUUUCGGUGGUUCAUUUAACGAAAGAAAUUUGGAUGAAGACACACGCCAAGUUCUCUUUAGCUUAUAUUCACCAGAGGCUAAGGCAAGGUUAUUAAAAAUGCAAAAAGAGGAAAAAAAAGUUGAGAAACCAAAACCGAAACCUAAAAAUUUAUUUAUGGAACGCAUAUUUAGUGGUGCAUGGAAGGACAAACGUGGUCAAACUAAUGAUACUAAAGAUAAAACUAAUGAUGAUGAUACUGAAAAUGAUAAUGAUAACGAUAAUGAAAGUAAGAAACCAGAACAAGAUGAAAAACUUAACAAAGAAAAACAAAAGAAACACGCGAAAGAUAACGUUGAGGACGACUAUAUUGACGAUGAGGAAGGUCUACAGCGAAAACAUAAGGUGGACACUACACUACAAGUACAUUUCUUUGGGAAGAAGGGCAAUAACGAUUUAUAUUACGAUGGAUUUUAUAAAUUUAUGGAUAAUCUACAAACUGAAGUUUUAGAGUUAGAAUUUAGUGAAUUCUCAAAGGGUAACAUACAAAUUUCCGAACUGGAUUUUGCUAAAAUUCUUUUACGUUACACUUAUUUGGCUGCGGAUGAAUAUGAUAAAUUCCUGGACCGUUUACUAUCACGUAUCAAAGAUGAGGAACAGGGCAUCACUUUUGAAGAAUUUCGAGAUUUCUGUAGAUUCCUUAAUAAUUUGGACGAUUUUGCAAUUGCUAUGCGGAUGUAUACCUUAGCUGAUCGUGCAAUCUCUAAAAAUGAUUUUUCACGUGCAGUUAAGAUUUGUACCGGCUUUACUCUUUCCAAACAUCUCAUUGAUACAGUUUUUGCUAUUUUCGAUGAGGAUGGGGAUGGUUUAUUGUCAUAUAAGGAAUUCAUUGCUAUUAUGAAAGAUCGCUUACAUCGUGGUUUGAAAUCUACAACGAAAGCUGAAGGAUGGGAUGCAUUUAAAAUUUGUGUGAAACAGGAUAUAAGAGCAUCCAGAAGCGCUCGUUAAACUGACUAGUAAAACAAGGUCUGACAUCAUAUUUAUUCUUCAUAUCGCUCAAAAAUAAACUAAGAAUGCACAUAAAUUAAGCCAAAAAAAUCGUAAUAUAAUCCGUUUAGUCUAUUUAUAAAAUUUCAAUAGCACUUUUAAAAAGUUAUAUACUCUAGCCUUCAUUAUUUUUUAUCAUUAUUAUUUAUU